AUAAUAAAUUUUAUUGGGUGUGACAAAACAAGAAUUGUUUUUCAUAUGAUGGCUGAAAGUAAAGAUCCUUUCUUAGUAGACCGGGAAUUAAAACUUGGACGUCAGAGGGAAGUUCUUGAGCAAAAGAGGCGAGUGAGACAGCAGCAAGUCCAUGCAGGAAUGAUAACAGCUAGUGGUUUUGGUUCACGACCAACUAGCAGUCGGUCAGUUAAAUCUGGGCAAGCAACUCUCGUGUCUAGCAAUGAUACAAGUUUACCUCCAGUCGUUGAUAAUACUGUUGAUGAUAUUUCACGUGUGACUAGUGCUAAUUUGUUGAUUCCUCCAGAAUCACCUGUGAAGACUUUGAUGACAGAUUCUGCAAAGAAGAAGAAUGUAGUUGACUCACCUACACUAGACAGUACACCUGUUAAAAAAGUUGAAGCUACUAUAACUUCGACAGAGUCAUCUGAGGACAUAGUACCUUCUACUGUCUCACUUUCCGAAAAACUGAUAUCCUUAGGGCUCAGUGCUGCUGUAGGAUAUCAAUCAGAUAGUUCAGAAGAUUUUGAAGAAGACGAAGGGGAAUUUAAUGAUUUUACACCAGCUGUUUCUCCUCUGCAUGAAGUAUCUGUUUUACCUCAAGGAACGCAUCCAGUUAGUGAGCAGAGAGCAAAGUCACCAGCUGAAGGAUCUUCUUUAGAUCCAUUGGAUAUUAGACUGAACAGUGAUGGUACUGUGGAGGAUUUGAGUAGAAUUGUGUUUAGGGUACCAAAAGAAAGUGGGAUUGUUAAAUGCCGAAUUACACGAGAUAAGCAAGGCUUAGACAAGCACAUGUAUCCAGUCUACUAUUUAAAUCUAGAACAAGAUUGUCAUAAAAAGGCAUUUUUAUUGGCUGGCCGUAAAAAGAAACGCUCCCGUUCGUCAUAUUAUGUAAUUUCUGUUGAUUCUGUAGAUAUGUCACGUAGUGGAGAAAGUUUUGUGGCAAAACUAAGAUCAAAUUUUGUUGGAACCAGUUUUACAGCAUAUGACAAUGGACACAAACCACCAAAGGGCAAUUAUGACAUUCUGAGAGAAGAAUUAGUUUUAAUUAAUUAUGAAACUAAUGUGUUAGGAUUUAAAGGUCCCAGAAAAAUGAAUGUAGUUAUUCCUGCUCUAGAUAAAGAUGGUGAAAGAAUGAAAGUAAAGCCAAAUACUGAUUCUGAUACAUUGCUGGAGCGCUUUAAAAAUGACGAAACAUCUCAUUUAAUCAAACUUCAUAACAAACAACCAAUCUGGUCUGAUGAAACCCAAGCUUAUGUAUUAAAUUUUCAUGGGAGAGUUACUCAGGCAUCUGUAAAAAAUUUUCAGCUAGUUCAUUCAUCUAAUGAAGACUAUAUAGUUGUUCAAUUUGGACGAAUAUCUGAAGACACAUUUACACUCGAUUAUCGAUUUCCUAUGUGUGCUGUACAAGCAUUUUCAAUUGCUCUGAGCAGCUUUGAUUCAAAGUGGGCCUGUGAAUAACUUUUUUUGGAAUUGGAUGGAAAAAUAAUAUCACUUUUAAACUCUACAAUGUUGUACUUAGUAUUACAUGUAUAUUCACACUUUACAAAGUUAUUUUGUCUGAGAGACAGUUUUACAUAAUAUUGUAAGUGA